AUUUUUAACCUCACGCAUUUUUGAUUAAACUGAAUAAAUUUUUUAAAAAGCCACAUUUAAAACCUAAGAGCAUUCUUUUCAUUUCCAAAUAAUAACUAUAAAUUCUUUUGGUGUUUAGCAAAUCAAAAAUAUGUCGUAUGAACAACGUUCAACUAUUCUGCCUAUUUCAUCUGAAGCAGAGGCACUACGUCAAGCAGUCUUAUUAACAUUGAAACCAAACCGACGUGAGACAACACAGCAAAAUGAAAAUCAAGAAGGAACGACAACAAUAGUUCAUCCACAACAAACCGAUGCAACUCAACAAGAAGAAUCAUUACAAAAUGACAGAUAUACAACACCACCACCGAGAUCUCUUCGACCUGAAGAGUGCUUUAAUACACCAGAAGCUCAAAUACUCGACACUCAAGCUGUAUUAAAACGUCAAUCCCCUUUUUCACCAGAAGAAGGAGAAUAUGUAAAUUCCAGCGGAAGAAACUCCGAUGAAGAAGACCCUCAGAGAUUUAUACCGAUAACAAACCCGUUUAACGUAAUGCAAGCUUCAGCAAACGGGACUAACUUUGAACGAACUGCUGGUAACUUAUUACAAAGAUAUAUUGAGGAGUCUCCCGAAAUGACUUUUGUCUUUAAUGGCACGGUUGUACGUCGUCCCCCAAUGGAAGUGAACUUUGACGACGGAUCGGAUGCGGAAGAUGACGAUGCCAGAACUUAUAUAAGACGCUGUCGUCGGGUACCUACUCCCUGUCCACGAAAUGAAGAUCUUACGCCAUCAAAUUAUAUCUUGGAUUAUGUAGAAACAUUAGAAGCAUCACAGAACAAUGAUAAUGAAGAUGUAAUGCAAAUAGAUUCAGAAGAACAAGUGAACGAGAAUGAUGGUACCGAAUCAAAUAAUUAUAUUGUUUCUGAUCGAAAGGGAGAUGCUCCUAUUUUACCUACCACAAUUCUUAAUAAUCCAGCUCAUGGAACAGGGACCAUUGAUGAGUUUAGUUCUAAUAACAAUUGCGCUUCAGAAAUAUCUAAUGAAGUAUCUCCUAUGCGUGUUGAUAUUAAUCAAAUGUGCGAGGUUCCUUCUAACACCCCUUUUACAUUCGAUGAAUGUUUUAAUAAGACGGGUGAUGACCCGCCUAAUACCACUAAUACGAAUGGUGAUAUUCAAAUUUUCAAUGAUAUUAAUCAAAUAAACGAUGAUCUCAUAAAUUCAACUGGUGAUGAUCAAAUGGCAGAUGAUGUUAAUCAAAUAAGAGUUCACACUAUUAGUGAUGUUCAAAAUGGUGGCGAUUUUAGUCAAAUGAGCAAUAGUUUUUCUCCUGUUCUCGCUCACCCUACCGCUGUUAGCCCAGAUUAUAAUGGAAAUGAUAAUGAUCGGCUAUUACCUGAUGAUACUAUAAUCACGAACGAAAGAUCUUCUCAAAUGAACGAUAUCCCUGCCCACAAAGUUGGAAGUCCAGUUGAAGAAGGCGAAAUAGAAGAAGGUGAAAUUGUCGAAUCGGAGAUAACUUUUGAAGAACAUGGCGUUCAGGUUAAGAAUACAGACGAAGAGACAAGAGAAUUAAUGAAAGAGCUCUAUGAGGAAUAUGGUGCACAACCGUUUGAUAUCAUUCAGGAAGGGAUUCCGAUCGAUGUCGUAGUUCGUUUUACGAGAGAGCUCAAUCACAGAUUGCCACCGGAACUAGAGGUCUUUAGUGUUGUAACUCCAAGUGAUCAAGUUUCUUUAUCGACACAGGUAAAUCCCGUCUUGCCUAGCGUUGAACCGGUAAUCAAACUUGAACCAGUCGAAGACAAUUUGCCAAUUAUCAAUAACAAAAAUGAUAAACGCGAAAGUUCCUUGUUACCCACAUCUUUUCAAGUUAGACCAAAUUUUGAUAGACCAUUUAUAACACCUCGAGAACAAAAUUUUAUUAUCGAUCUGAGUGAUUCUUCAGACGGCGAACAUCGUAUUGCUGGCCUACUUCAGGAAGUUAAGUCGUCACUUUCUAACAAUGAGACACAAAUAGAUGCUAAGCGAAAGUUAGAAGAGAAAGAGCGUGAAAUAAAAAGAAUGAACGAGUUGAUUGCGAGUAAGACUGAAUUGCUCAAAAAGAAAUCUACGACAGCUCAACAAGCCUCAGCAUCAACCGGAUCGAAUUUGGGAACGUCAAUUGAUACAAUUCGAGCGGCGAUAGAAUCUUUUGAAACAGCAAAAUCUCAGGUUUCGGAAGUUAAAUCCCGCCUUAACGAAGAGGAGAAGAAGCUCGAAAAUAUUCGAUCUGAACUAGCUGACAGGAAUAUAAAAAUUGAAAAAAAUAAUUCGCUUGCCGGACAAUAUAUAGAACAGAUAAAAAGUUUUGAUGUUCAAAAAGAUCAGAUGUUGCAGAAUAGAGAAGAAAUUGAACAUCGUAUUCGAGCACUUCAAGACGAACUUGUAAAAGUUCAGUCUCAGAUUGAAGACAUUGAUAAAGAGAAAGAAGUUGCGAAAAUAGAAUUAGCCAAAAAGGAAGAGGAUUACACUGAACAAUUAAGGGCGAGAGAACAGCAAAUGGAACAGGAGAAAAGAGUAUCUGAAAAUAUCACUCAAAUUAAGAGACAACUUGGACCGAUUUUAAAAGAUAUUAAAGCCAAGAAAGAACAACUUUCGCAAAUGGUCUCCCAGUCGACAAAACCUCGGAACGAGUCGACUUUGGCUGAAUCAUCGACAUCCGUUUUUAACAAGAACGGAAAGAGGAGAAUUGUUCACGAAUCAGAAAUUGUUCAAGAAGAGAUUCCAAAAAAGCCUAAAUUAGCACUAGAAGUAGCAGAACUUAGUAAGAAGAUCGAGCAGGUGAGCAAGGAACAACAAUCCUUGCGAGAAAGCUUAGAAAAAAAGCGCCACGGAGACACAGAAACCACAAUUACUCGUAAAAACCAAAAUUCAUAUCCAGAAAACGAGUGGAGGGUAGAGAAGAUAGCAUCUCAGGAAGUAGGUUUAUGCUGUAUUAUUUUUUUAUGUAGUUUGAUUUAUUGAUUUUUUUUUUCACUUCUAGACUAU